AUGCGUGAGCACUGCGAGUCGCAUGCUGAGAUCGAGAAACUUCUUCGCCAAGAGCGCGACCGCGCGAUUGCAGAUUGUGAAAGCUUGACAAAUGCAUUGGACGAACUUUGGACGGAGCACUCGAGAUGUGGAGACUUUAGCACCCGUGUUAGAGAUGCCGAGGACAAGCAAAGAGAAUAUCAAGAGAUUAUCACAAGAUUGCGUCAGCAUAUCGUUCAGGUGGAAAGUGAGAGAGAUGAGGCUCGGAGGUCUUACGCAGACGUGAGCAAGAAUCUAGAAGUGUUGAAGAUGGCAGAGAACGAAAUGCGGACAUCACAUAUCUUCGAUCAAGAAAUGCAGGCAAAGUAUGCUGUCCUUCUGGAAAUGCAUCGAGGCUGCGAGCGCACAAUAGCCGAGCUGAGGAAUGAAGUCCAGCUGAUGAAGAGCUCGUGCGGCGUCGGCAUUUACGUCGCUCACACCAACAUUGACAGCCGGGUGCGUGUGUCCAAGGUUCACCCAGGGGGAGCUGCCUGGUACGCUUGCCACAAAGGCGGCCUCGAUCACGACUUUCUCGAGGGAGUGCAGGAUAGCAUCUGCACACUCAAAGUCAUUAAGUGCGGCGAGCUCCUCGGCUUCCAGAGGCUGCAUGGAUGGAGGACGUGGCAUCGGGAGCUCUUCUCCGAUGCCACCAACCAGAAUGCCCUUGCAACACCUUAA